AUGCCUCGUGGUGGCAAAACUCGAAGGCUCGAAGAUAUGUUGCCCCAGUCUCACAUUGCUCCUGAUAGAGAUGAACUAAGAGAGCCCGAGAGAGGAAAUGUGAUUGGAAUUGAUCCUAUUGCUGUUGAAAAAAUUGCUAUUGCCGUUGCAUCUGCUAUGCAUAAUACUGACAGAGAUUUUAGUAUUGAAAGGGCUACAAAGUUAGGGGCUAAAGUGUUCACUGGCACAGCCGAUCCUGCAGUUGCGCAGGCAUGGAUGACAAAGAUAGAGAGGGUAUUUGACGUUAUAGGUUGCUUAGACGAUCGGAAGUUGUGUCUUGCCACUUUCUUAUUAGAGAAAGGUGCAUAUGAUUCGUGGCAGUCGGUACGGAGUGUAUAUCUAGACCGUUCCAUCAUUACUUGGACAUAUUUUCGUCGUAUCUUUUAUGAUGCCUAUUACCCUCGGUCCUAUAAAGAUGCAAAGCAUGAGGAAUUUCUAAAACUAAUACAAGGUCAGAUGACUAUUGCAGAAUAUCAUGUGAAAUUUAUUGAACUUUCAAAAUAUGCCCAAGUUCUGGUAUGCAACGAAAUUGAUAAAUGCAGACGGUUUGAAAAUGGGUUAAGGGAAGAAAUCAGGUCAGUUGUAACAGCUGUAGGCUGGAAUGAAUUUGGAAAAUUAGUGGAAUCAGCUUUGAGAGUAGAAAAGAGCAUUUCUGAUAGGCCAAGUGGUAGAGAACAAACAAUGUUCAGAGCAAGCGGUAGUCAGACAAUGGCAAGUGCUUCUAGCUAUAGACCACCACGGAGGGACAGUAGAGGAUUUCGACCUGGUGUGUCUAGUUCAGAGUGUUUAAAGUUCAAGGGAGUUGGUGUUUGCUAUCACUGUGGCCAAGAAGGACAACUGAAAAGGAAUUGCCCAGUUGUAUUCCAGGAGGAUAGCAUGGCACAGAGGAUGUUUCCUCAGCAGAGUGCUGGUAGUACAAGACAGAAUCAGACUUAG